GAGGCGACGCGAGGGCGAGGGACGGAGAAGACGAUUAACGCUGUCGACGGUGACUUUGUGCUCGGCCGACUGACAUCCGCCGCCCCCCCCCCCCCCCCCCCCCCGCCCCGAGCGCGAAGGAGCGCGCAGAGCGGCGUUCAUGCGCGGGGAGCGCCCAUCCGGGCCGAGCCGCGCGUCCUUUCAGCACCGGACAGCGAUCGGCAGGUGGGCUGCUGACGUUUCGCACCGACAACCGCGCCGAUGCUUGACGCAGACGAGGGCGCUUCCUUCGUGCGGCCUUUCGGAGGCGGAAUGCAGGCGUGUUUGAUUCAUGCAAAGAUGGAAGAGCUUCAUCCGGCAAAUGCCCUUGAAUAGACAGGCCUCUCUCUCUCUCUCUCUCUCUCUCUUUCUCUCUCGCUCUCUCUCUCUCUCUCUCUCGCGCGCGCGCGUGUGUGUGUUGGUGGUAAGCAACUGCGCAAUUGUCUGUCCCUGUCUGUUCAUAUCUUUCUUUCUUUUCACACCCCCCCCAUCUCUCUCUCUCUCUCUCUCUCUCUCUCUCUCUCUCUUGCAGUCCUCCCUCCCUUCUUCUUCUCGUCGCCCGUCGUCCCGUCUCUUGUCUCGGGGCAAUGCGUGGCUAGAUGACUCGGCUACAUCAACAAGCACCGCGGCAUCUUGGACUAAUAUAGCAGCGUCACAUCCCCUCCUCUCGCUUUCUCUCUCUCUUUCUUUCUUUCUGUCUUUCUGUCUCCCCCUCCCUGCCUCUCUCUCGCUCUCUUCCUCCCUCCAAUCGCCGAGCCCUCCGUCCAAAGGCACCAUGGGAAACCGCGGCAUGGAGGAGCUGAUCCCGCUGGUCAACAAGCUGCAGGAUGCGUUCAGCUCCAUCGGCCAGGCCUGCAACCUGGACCUGCCGCAAAUCGCGGUGGUGGGCGGCCAGAGCGCAGGGAAAAGCUCCGUGCUGGAGAACUUUGUGGGCAGGGACUUUCUGCCCCGCGGGUCUGGAAUCGUCACUCGCAGGCCCCUGGUUCUGCAGCUUAUCAGCGCCACCGCAGAAUGGGCCGAAUUUCUCCACUGCAAAGGGAAGAAGUUCAUAGAUUUCGAUGAGGUUCGCCAGGAGAUCGAAGCCGAGACGGACCGCGUCACCGGCGCCAACAAAGGCAUAUCUCCUGUCCCCAUCAACUUACGCGUGUAUUCCCCAAAUGUGCUGAACUUGACGCUCAUCGACUUGCCGGGGAUCACCAAGGUGCCGGUCGGAGACCAGCCCGUUGACAUCGAGCAGCAAAUCCGGGACAUGAUCAUGCAGUUCAUCACCAGGGAGAGCUGCCUGAUCCUGGCCGUCACGCCGGCCAACACCGACCUCGCCAACUCGGACGCCCUUAAGCUGGCGAAGGAAGUCGAUCCCCAAGGUCUGAGGACUAUAGGAGUGAUCACCAAACUGGAUUUGAUGGAUGAGGGCACCGAUGCUCGUGACGUGCUGGAGAACAAGCUCCUGCCGCUCAGACGAGGCUACAUCGGAGUGGUGAACCGCAGUCAGAAGGACAUCGAUGGGAAGAAAGAUAUCAAGGCAGCUCUGGAGGCAGAGAGAAAGUUCUUCUUCUCCCAUCCGGCAUACAGGCACCUGGGGGACAAAAUGGGCACUCCGCACCUGCAGAAAGCGCUCAACCAGCAACUGACCAACCACAUCCGAGACACUCUGCCAGCCUUCCGCAGUAAGCUGCAGUCCCAGCUGUUGGCUCUGGACAAGGAGGCCGAGGAAUACCGGGGAUACCGACCGGAUGACCCGUCCCGCAAAACCAAGCAGCUGCUGCAGAUGGUGCAGCAGUUCUCUGUGGACUUUGAGAAGAGGAUCGAGGGUUCGGGAGACCAGGUGGACACGGUGGAGCUGUCAGGUGGAGCCAAAAUCAAUCGCAUCUUCCAUGAGCGUUUCCCAUUUGAACUGGUCAAGAUGGAGUGCGAUGAGAAGGAGAUGCGUCGUGAGAUCAGUUAUGCCAUUAAGAACAUCCACGGAAUCAGGACAGGGCUGUUCACUCCGGACAUGGCGUUUGAAGCCAUUGUGAAGAAACAGAUCAUCAAGUUAAAGGAGCCCUGUGUCAAGUGUGUGGACAUGGUCAUCCAGGAACUGAUCAACACUGUACGCCAGUGUUCCAACAAGCUGGAAUGUUUCCCAACGCUCCGUGAAGAAACAGAGAGAAUCGUGACUUCUCACAUCCGAGACAGAGAGAGUCGCGCGAAGGAACAGGUUCUGCUGGUGAUAGACAUUCAACUCUCUUACAUCAACACUAACCACGAGGACUUCAUUGGCUUUGCAAACGCCCAGCAGAGGAGCAGUCAGACGAACAAGAGUCAGAGCUCAGCAACCAAUCAGGUCAUCCGCAAAGGCUGGCUGACCAUAAACAACAUCAGCAUCAUGAAGGGAGGAGCCAAGGAGUACUGGUUUGUCCUCACUGCUGAGAGCCUUUCCUGGUUCAAGGAUGAUGAGGAGAAAGAGAAAAAGUACAUGCUCCCUCUGGACAACCUGAAAGUCCGCGACGUCGAGAAGAGUUUCAUGUCCAGCAAGCACAUAUUCUGCAUUUUUAAUACAGAGUCAAGGAAUGUGUAUAAGGACAAUCGCACUCUGGAAUUGGCUUGCGACUCACAGGAUGAUGUGGACAGCUGGAAGUCUUCUCUGCUCCGUGCCGGGGUCUACCCUGAGAAGACCACCACGGUUGAGAGCGAGUCCUCCACCACCACCUCGGAUAACUUUUCCAUGGACCCCCAGCUGGAGCGUAAAGUGGAAACUAUCCGUAACCUGGUCGACUCCUACAUGGCUAUCGUCAACAAGUGCAUCCGGGAUCUCAUGCCCAAGGCCAUCAUGCAUCUCAUGAUCAAUAACGUCAAGGAGUUUAUCAACGCAGAGCUGCUGGCCCAGUUGUACUCGGCAGGCGACCAGAACGCCCUGAUGGAUGAGUCCCAGGAGCAGGCUCAGAGGAGGGACGAGGUGCUGAGGACCCACCAGGCCCUAAAAGAGGCCUUGGCUAUCAUUGGGGAUAUCUCAACCACCACCAUCACUGUCCCUUUGCCACCGCCCGUCGACAACUCCUGGGUCGGGGGAUCAAGCGGCGGUCGCAGGUCUCCUCCUCCAAGUCCCACCGCCCCAAGGAGGAUGUCUGCAGGCCAGCGCCCAGCCCCUCGAGGAGCCCCGCCACCACCGAACCGUCCGGGUCCCCUGGGGCCCUUCAAUAACAGCGCCGAGAGUCCCCAGGCCCCGAGCCGCCCGAACCGGGCCCCUCCGAGCAUCCCCAGCCGACGACCACCACCAUCUCCGACAAGACAAGUGCCGCCAUAAUCAUCCAAAGGGGCCACUCGUCUUCUUCUUCUUCUUCUUCUUUCUCUCUUUAGCCAUGGCUCCGCUGCCCUCUUCUCUCCUUAGUGCAAAUCGUGUCCCCUUGACCCGCAAUCUCCUGCCAGUUGCCCAUGUCCAUAUAUCUAUGUACAGUAUUGUACUUGUCUUGUGGUGUACGCGUACGUGCGCUUGUUGCUCGCCUUUGGUCCAGAUAAGCUUCGGCAGAACCACGUCCUAGUAUCAGUCACCGAUCCCGUUUUUCCCUCAACCCUUCGCCAAGUCAGCCACCGCCAGAACUUGCUACUUCGACGUGAAAAUAUGCCCAGCCGAUGGGCUGCCGUAUUCAUUCCAAAAUGCAGCGUGACGGAUAAGCUGCUUUUAAUGCAUGGGAGUGUAUGUGUGCGAAGAUGUUUUGCGUGAAUGGGGGAGGGACUCAUUUGCCUAUACGUACACUCCAAUUCCUUUAGGAUUCAUUUGUUGUACAACCCUCUCGUAAGUGUUCAUUAUCAGCCUAUUGUUCUUGAUAGGAACACAAGUUGUAUCUUAGUGUGUGUGAGUGUGUAAACAUGCGUUUGUGUGCAAGUAAAACCGUGUAGGCGUGUACGAGUGUGUGAGAAGACGUCCAGUAUGCAUACGCAGUCUGUCUGCACGUUUGCUGCCGUUUCAGUUGUAUUUGUUUUCACGUCGAAAGCUGUUAAUGACGAGUCCUAAACCCUCGGGGGGAGGGGGGAUUUACUACUGGACUUCGGUGAGAUGUUUUAUGUGUCGUAGUAGCAGCCAUACACACAUAGCAAGGCCGAGGAGCACCAUCAGUAUUCUCUAUUGGAAACGGCCUCAAUACUACAUUUAACCUCGUCGUAUCGGUCCACCUGUGCCGUGUCAAUGGUCAAAGUUGUGACCCCUGACGCCUUAAGCUCAGAUUCAGAUGCUGACUGACGGCUGUUGCGGCCGGAACACUCUUCGAUGUGGUCCUGUGGCCAUUUCACAUCUUUCCUUUUAGCCCUGAUCUCAGGUUUAAAAACACGCAACCAACUUAAUGCACAUGAAAGACUUUAUUUAUUCGACUCGCGUAGUUUUUCUUUUCAUCGCACGCUCAUCAUUUCAGUCAGUCAGCAUCUGUGUUGGAUCUUAAGCAGCUAUUGUCAGUGUUCGAGUGCUUCUCUGUCACUUUGUUCGUGUGUUUAUGGUCCUAAACUGUGUUCUGGUUCUCCUGUAUAUAGGUAUCAAAUAAGGAAAUACUGUACCUGUGGACUAUUAAGACCUCACGAUGCAUCUUAGCGCUUUAAUGGUUCUCUGUCUACUCACUCAACAUCUAAUUUAGACUGCCUUACCGGCAUGAAUUACAAUUCUGUAUUGCCAAAGCGAAAUAUAUCGAGAGAAUUGCAGAGUAUGACAAGAAAACUGAAGAACAACAAUCGAAUGAUUCCAUUUGUAGUAAGAUGUUUGUCAAAGAACAAAAUGGGAAAUUGCAUCUAUUGUUAUUUUCUGUGUCUCUGUAUUGUUCCUCAAUAAUAAUAAUAAUAAUACGAAUAAAAAGUCUUACUUCUCAA